AUGGUGCAACUAGGCCUCACGCCAUGGCGGGAUGUAUCUGAACUGCUUGUCGUCCGUGAGCGAUUCUAUCCGUCCGGCCUCGCUGGCAAUGAAGACCGACGACAAACGGCCGAGCUGCGCCGUGCAGUUGACUUGACCAAUGUUUGGAAGCUAAGAGGACAUGUACCGCAUGCUGUCGAGUCUACGGCUCUACUGGUUGAUGCGAUCCUCCAUCACGAUGUGGCAAAGAACUCUGUAUUCGACGUCCGCGCCGUCUACAGUACUGCAUUUGCCAGGUUUGUCACGGGCUACUGUGACACGCAGCAAGGCAGAGCAUUCAAAAUGUCUAUGUUCGACAUGGCAGAAGAGCUGAACAUGCCUACGCACUUCGUCGACAUGCGCCAUGAGAUCACGCACUCGCACCUUCCGACUCUGCAGCGCUUGCAGAUUGUCACUGGAGAAGCGCUCGCUUGGCUUUGGGAUGUCUACUGGUCGACGCUGGACAGGUCAAAACACAGUGCAACUGAUGAAGACAGACCCCGAGAGGCGACGCAUAUAGAUGUUGAUGCGCUCAGAGAAGAGUUCCGUGUCAUCCUCAAGAGUUACGUGAAGGAACGUCGGACCGAGUUGAAGAAAGAUCCAGUGACGAAACAUGUCAACAAUGCCUGUGAGCCUACUUCGAAGAAAUGUAUCGAGCUAUGCGAAACCCGAGCGGGGGCGCUUCAGGUGCUGGUGACUGUCCUCGUAGACGACAGGCUGAUCAUUCCAUCCGACAAGACGAUCGGCAGCAGUAUGGCAGGCGCAUUCGUAGUCUGGAACGGAUUCCUCACCGCCCUAGCCCUGCGUCUGGACAAGUUUUUGGAAACUCUGGUACUCUACUUGGUCAAUUAUCUGGUUCGGCCUUCAGACUCAAACGCAGAAAACGAUGCUCGCCACGAAGCUAUGUACAAGUGGGUGUUAGAUAUACUUCUGUGGCGCAGCUUGGAGCGAGGUCAUCGGAUAGCUGUCAGAAGCCUCAAAAGAUCCGUCGUUGAGACCUGCAUCCUCAAUCCCGAUGUUUGGACUCUACGACUUGCCGGAGAACUGAUCCAGUUUUCCGAUGAGGACUUUCAGGAGCAAUGGCUGCCUGCGCUCGAAGCAUGCAAGCUCUCAUUCGGAGACCCAGAGGAUGAAGACAUAGCGGACGUUGAUAGCAGUGCUCAUAUGAACUCUGUUGCUAGCAAUGGCGAUGGGGAUUUCACAGAAGAAGCUAGAGUUGCAGACGUAUCCGAAGAAAAAUUCGCACCUUCCGACAGCGCAGCGAAGCACACUCGCCCAGGAUGGCACCUGUGGCCCGGUUUCUGGCUCCCGACUCCAAUUGGUGUGCUGCCUGGUAGCUCAUGCGGGGGUCAAUAA